UAUUUUAUUUCCCAUCACGGACUUUUUUUUUGCCUUAGGCGCUCGGGAUUUGUCGUAGGCGCUCGGGAAAACGGCUUAGGCGCGCGCCCAAAUUUUCUCUAUGCAGGAAAAACCCUGUAGUGAUAUGGUUGUUCAUCCUAAAGUCAGUUAUGUUGGCUAACGUUGGCUGUGUCUUCGUUUUGUGCAGUUUAUACAGUGGGUUAUGAUAACAGCACUGAUGCACUGAAUUCUGCUGCUAGCAAAAUUCUGUUUUCACUACAGCCUGCACAUAGCAGCGUUCAGUGAGCAACGAUAGUCGCUAGCAGAACGGAACUCCUGCACAUGUUGCGGUCUUAAACUGAAUGACCCGGAAGUACUAAUUCUACGUGCCAUGAAGAAGUAGAAGAGCCCGUCGUCGCAACCAUAGACAUAUAUACUGUAUAUAUGUCUAUGGUCGCAACCAAUUCAAAUAUUGGAAAGCUACCGUGCCUUUGUUUGUGAACCGCACGCUUUCUGCCACAUUACGCAAGAAGCCGUGUACAAGAAAACAACCAUUAUUUGAAUCUGGAUUCCCACAGAGAGCCACAUUGUCUCAACUUGUCAUCUGACUAUUCCAAAAGGAGAUGACGGCAGAGCCCAGUGACUCUGAGGAGGGUAUUCCUAAUGGCAUCCCCCCGCCAGUCAAACGUGGCAGGGGUCGACCUAAGGGCUCUGUCAAAAGAGGUAGAGGGCGACCUCCCGGUUCAACAAACAAAACCAGGCGCCUCACAUUUAGCCCGGUCCGAAAGAGGGGGAGACAACCGGGUUCAGGGAAGGUCCAGGCCGCAGCUGUUGACGGACCCCCGCGAAAGAGGGGCAGGCCCCGGAAAAGGUCCCUGGAGGAAGAAGCAGACAGCCCCCCGAGAAAGAGAGGCCGACCCCGGAGCUCUGGCUCUGCUGUCGCCAAGAAGAAGCUGGAAAUGGAGAAUGGCGCUACGCCGAAGAAAAGGGGCCGGCCGAGGGGCUCUCUAGGCAAGAAGAAAAGGCAUUGGAAGGCAACGAUUCCAGAACCUAAACCGCUCUACGACGGCCCACCACGCAAGAGGGGUCGACCCUCAAAAGUCAAACCAACUGACCUCCCCUCCAGUAGUGAAAAAGCAGAGCAGCCGCAGGAGGAGCAGCCGCUGGAGGAGCAGCCGCAGGAGAAGCAGCCGCAAGAGGAGCAGCCGCAGGAGGAGCAGCCUAAACUGCUCUACGACGGCCCACCACGCAAGAGGGGUCGACCCUCAAAAGUCAAACCAACUGACCUCCCCUCCAGUAGUGAAAAAGCAGAGCAGCCGCAGGAGGAGCAGCCGCUGGAGGAGCAGCCGCUGGAGGAGCAGCCGCAGGAGAAGCAGCCGCAAGAGGAGCAGCCGCAGGAGAAGCAGCCGCAGGAGGAGCAGCCGCAGGAGGAGCAGCCUAAACUGCUCUACGACGGCCCACCACGCAAGAGGGGUCGACCCUCAAAAGUCAAACCAACUGACCUCCCCUCCAGUAGUGAAAAAGCAGAGCAGCCGCAGGAGGAGCAGCCGCAAGAGGAGCAGCAACCGCAGGAGGAGCAGCAACCGCAGGAGCAGCCACACGAGGAGAUCAUACAGGCAGCAUCAGCAGCCAAUGGGAACACACAACCAGCCUCUCUGGAGGAGGGGCAUGACCGCAUCCUGGCUCCUGUGGAGGAUGAGGAUGAACUUCAGGGUGGAGAUGAGGGUGAUGCCGCAGCUGUUGAGGAGAAGGCAGUCGGCAAAGGCAGCUCCAGUGGGAAGAAAACCCCCGUUGCUAAGCGGGGUGGCUCGUCGAGGAGGUUGAGAGCAGUAUGAGCUGCCAGGGUUAAAAGAAAAAGAGGCCUAGAGGAGUUGACUUUGCCAAUCUUUUAUUUUUUUAAUGAGUAUACAGGUUUUUCCUGCAUAGAGAAAAUUUGGGCGCGCGCCUAAGCCGUUUUCCCGAGCGCCUACAACAAAUCCCGAGC